AUGAGAAACAAAGACGAAGAGAAAAAAAAGAUAAGAACAUCACCACACAUACCAAUAGUCGUGUUUCAUCGCCAUCAUUAUGAUCUCAUCUUUCCAUCUAGUUCUCAUUAUUGCAUCGUGUCUUCUAAUUACCCAUGCCUAUAUGGACAGACAAUAUGUACCAUUGAACGAUUUGGAUGUGUAUGCAAUACAAAAUUAUGGUUUAAAUGA